AUGCUCAUCUUCGCAUCACAGUGUACGUGCGUGGAGCGCACAUACCCGGACUCUUUUGUUAUUGUCCUCGGUGACUUUAAAAAAGGAAACCUCACAAGUGAACUCCCCAAACACAGACAAUCUAUGAAAUGUCCUACCAGAGAGGAGAACAUUCUGGAUCACUGCUUCACUACCAUAUGCCAUGUGCCAGCCUGCUUCAAGACCUCCAGCAUCAUCCCUGUCCCCAAAAAACCCAGGAUCACAGGCUUAAGUCAGAGUCAGUCUAUAAAGCAUUUGAUCCAACUACUGCUAUCAGCGCGCGCUGUGGACACGACUGGAGACAUGCGCUCGUGGACUCGCGGGAUCCUGUGGUUGUCAUCUUUUACAACUGUGUUGUCUAGUUUGCAUCCUGAGUGUGAGUAUAUCUUUCAGCUUGCAAGAGAUGAACAGCGGUGUCUCAGAGAGAUCACAGAUCUUGGAAACCUCAGCAGCUCUUCAGGUUGUCUGCAAGUAUGGGAUGCUGUAGUGUGUUGGCCCAGAGCUGCAGUGGGUGAGACGGUCCACUUGCUCUGUCCUGCUGUUUUCUCUCUCUUCAAGAACAACACAGGUAUAGUGAGUCGUAACUGCACAGCUGGUGGCUGGUCACAUCCAUUCCCUCCUUACCAUGAGGCCUGCAUUGUUGAGGAUGAAAUCCCAGAGGAGUCGUAUUUUGCCACUGUGAAACUGAUCUACACUGUUGGUUACGGAGCGUCACUGCUGUCGCUCUCUGUUGCCGUGGUAAUACUGCUGCUCUUCAGGCGAUUACACUGCGCUCGAAACUACAUCCACAUGCAGCUGUUUUUCACCUUCAUCCUGAAAUCGGUGGCUGUGUUUGUCAAAGAUGCUACGCUUUUCUCCAGUGAAGACACGGAUCACUGCACACUCUCCACAGCAGCCUGUAAAGCGUCGGUGGUGUUUUGUCAUUAUUGCGUCAUGACUAAUUUCUUCUGGCUGCUGGUUGAAGCCGUGUAUCUGAACUCUCUGCUGGUCUCGGACUUCCCGCGCAGCCGCCGCUGUCUCUGGAGUUUCGCUCUGCUGGGCUGGGGCUUUCCACUGAUCUGCAUUAUCCUCUGGAUCUGCUCCAGACUGUAUUUUGAGGACACAGAGUGCUGGGAUAUAAAUGAAGACUCUCCUUAUUGGUGGAUCAUCAAGGGUCCCAUUGUAGUUUCCAUAGGGGUGAACUUCCUUCUCUUCAUGAACAUUAUCAGGAUUCUGGUGCAGAAACUGGACCCUCGCUUGAUCCAAUUCAACAAUUCAGCUCAGUACAGGCGACUGACCAAGUCCACCCUCCUCCUCAUCCCUCUCUUCGGCACUCAUUACAUGGUCUUCAACUUCCUCCCAGACUACUUCAACGUGAGCCUGCGGCUUUGCAUCGAACUGUGUCUGGGCUCCUUCCAGGGCCUCAUUGUGGCAGUUCUCUACUGUUUCCUGAACCAGGAGGUUCAGAAAGAAAUACGCUUAUGUUGGAUGCGAUAUCAAGAGGGGAGUUACGCUGUCGUUCCUGUUGGAGCCAAAGGAAGUCAGAUGGACACUCCAUUCUAGAGUCAUUAAAACUCACCGGUGCCUCUAAUAUACAGACCUCAACACCUCCAGAAAACAUGAACACCUGAAUCAAACAGUUCUAUUAAAUGCUGAUUGUAUUGCUCAGUUGAUAUGACAACAAAUGGCUUAAACAGCCAGAAUAUACAGUAUUUGGGCUGCAGUAUAUCUGAAUUAAACACACUUAACAGAGUUCAUUAGAGAGCAUGCUAAAAAAAAAUGGUUAAAAAAAUAUGAAUACUGGAAUUCAUCAUAACAAAACUGCUGCUUUUGGGGGGAUUCUGGGUGGGUUUAAUCAAAGUAUGUAUAGAGAAAAGCCUAUAAAAAUAUACUUCUGUUGCCCUUCAAAUUCAGCUAUUUUAUUAUAAUAUUUAUUACUUCGGGGAAAUGUUAAACUCUAAAAUUGUACCCAAUAAAAGGCAGUAAGGCAGUUUUGAAUGUGUACGUAUUUAUCUGUAUGUAUGUACAUGUUUACAGUAUUAAUAUCUGUAAAGAGAAAUAUAAGGAUUAAUUGGUGGAUUCAUGGAUUUCUGAGUUAGAUAGGCCUACAGGUAACCAGGCAAGUUGUUAUGUUUUAUAUGUUGUAAUUCUGUAGAAUUUGUUAACUACAACUUCUGUUGGCAAAAUCAGUGGUUUGAUAUUUUCUUAUCAUUUCACAAGUGGUUUUGUGUUUUUAACUGUAUUUAUAUUUUGCUGAAACGCUUGUAAUAGGCUGUUUAAUGUCAAGUUCCCAAAGUGUGACAACAUCCCUGUAAUUUGCUCAUCAUAUGUUCCUGUAUCUUUUUUCCCUGUCAUAUAAAUGUUCAAAAGCAUCUUUGUAGCAAAGACUGUAAAGACAUUGACUUUUAAAUUAAACCCACUCCCAAAAUGAUUAUUUUGAGCUAAAAGUGUAACAACUAUCCCCGUUUUCUCCUUUCUGCUGGUUGAUUCUUUUCUUUUUACAACUUAAAAAUGACUUAAGUAUUGAAAUGUUGCAGCUAUCCACCUUAAUUUGUGUUUCUAUUUGUAACUUGAUGUGCAAGGCUUCCGGUGCCAUUAGCUUUCAGUUAUUUUAGCUCUACUAAAACAUUAUGUAAUUCUGCAAACUGGCAUUUGUUAUGAUAUUAUUUUAACUCAUUAUCAUGAUUAUAAGCACACUGGAUUGUCGCACAAAUAGUCUUACCGUUUACUGUUAUUUACCUGACCGGAAGUCUCGUACAUUCAAAGUAAAUAGCUUACUUUCGCGUUUGGAAAUAGAGCAGAGAUUGAAAUGCCAAAUGUGUUUAACAGUGGAAUGUUUUCAUGUGUCCAAAGACUGCUGUUGUGUUGCUUUAUAUGUAGCCUUCUCUUCUAAUUCUCACCAAAUGUGCAUUAUACUCUAAUGCCUAUAAACACCUAGUAAAAAUCACUGUAAACUUUUUUAUAUAUUGUAUUAUAGCCUACUGUAUAUUUUCUAGCUGUAAUACAUUAUUUAUUUGUUCAUCUGUCUGUUUUCAAAUGCUCUUUGAGUGGCCUUAAGUGUAUUAAUGCAUCAAAUCAGAGUGCAUUACAGAGAUGGAAAUAUUAUCCAAUUUGAUGCUCUAUCUGUGUAAUGGAUUUUAUCCCUUUUUUUUUAGCUUUAAUAAUGCAAUUAAGGAAUUAAGGUCACUCAUACUUGCUGUUAUGUUUGUAUAUGUGCGUAAGCAAGCUGCUCCAAUGUGUACGUGUAUCUAUUUUUGAGCUCAAGUCUUGAUUUUUCUGCUUUAAUGUGUACAAUAUAAUUACUUAAAAAAAAAGAAAAAAAUGUAUACAUAAAAUGUCUUUCUGCUGGAUUUGUCUGUCAGUAAUAGGCUAAACACUGACCCCUGCUGGUCAAUACAUCACACUACUUACCAUAAUUAUUUUAAUGAGAUUUGAUUCAUGUUUAAGGUUUUGAAAGUCUUGUUUUCUUAUUAUAUUAAUUUUUGAUGAACCAAAUUGAAGUGCAGACAAAAAUGGGCCUCCUACGGUUAUUUAUUUAUUUUGGUUAUUUUUAUUUUUGAAUGUUUUCACAAGCAUUUUCAUCCAAUCAGCCACAAAAUGUUGACCCAACUUUUUAAUACAUUUUGCCAAGUAAUUUGGAUCUAGCAUCACUUCCAAUUCAUUUGAGCGAAUUGAUUCUUUAAGAUAAUCAGUUUAAUGAAUCGAUUCACCGCGAGUCAUCACUUAAUUUUUUUCCGCUCUAUUUUAAUUGUUGAAAUGUCUUUUGGAUUAGCUUAAAGCCUGCCUACGUGUGCUUUAACAAUUUUAACUACAUUUCUACCAUAAUUCCUAAAGUUUUAGUCUAAAACAAAGUCACAUAGGCCCGGUUUCACAGACAGGGCUUAGCCUAAA